UGGAGCCCGAGGCUGCGCUGAGACUACCUGGAACCUCGAUCUCGUCCGUCCCGUCCUUCAUCACCCUCCUUCCAUUUCUCACUCCUCACUUUGACGGAGGGGGAAAUCCUUCAUCUUCCUAAAACCGCCGGACCUUCGCGGAGUUCUGUGCUUUUAGACGUGAUCUGUGUCAUUUUGCCACACUUUUGCGCUUCUUUUCUGUUUUUCGACACGCACGACACACGGGACUCGUGUUUUGGGGUUUUGAGGAGAAGAAGAUGGACUGUCCUCCUGCCGCGCAACUUGCACCGCUCUCACCGACAAGCUGAGGACACAUCAUCGACAUCAUCAUCGCGGCUGCAGUCCUCCACCUGAGGAUGCGCGCACAUCAUCAGCCUUGGGACUUUUGCAAACAAUAAAACAUCGCAAAAAUACGCCAGUUCCCAAAGCGGGGGAACAAUCAUCAAAUCAGCGCACAUCCGAAAAGUCCGCAGCGGUACCGAUCGCCGAUCGACGCGUCUCGGGAGCGGUCAUGCGCGUCGCCCCGCGCGUCCUCCUGUUAAAGUGACACCAGCAGUCGAUGCGCACGAGACCCGGGAGCUGUCCCGAGCAGGCGGACCGCACACUUUCGGACCAUGGCUCUUGCGGCGGGGGCUCUGAGCCGCGCGCCGCUGCUCGCGCUCGUGCUGUGCAGCGUGUGGGCGCGUGGCGGCGCGAGCCAGGCGCGCCAGGACUUCCAGGUGGUGGAGGAGCAGCCCGUGGGCACCACGGUGGGCACGAUCGAGACGAGGCCCGGCUUCACGUAUCGCUUCAGCGAGAUGCACCGGCUGUUCGCCAUCAACGCCUCCACUGGCACCAUCUACACUAGGGCUGUGAUUGACAGGGAGGCCCUGCAGAGCAGCGUGGUCAAUGUGGUGGUGCUGUCCAGUCAGCCCACCUACCCCACGGAGGUACGCAUCCAGGUGCUGGACAUCAAUGACAAUGCCCCCGUGUUCCCCGACCCCUCCAUACUGGUGUCCUUCAAGGAGGACGCCAGCAGCGGCAGGCAGGUCAUCCUGGACACGGCCACCGACUCGGACAUCGGCACCAACGGUGUGGACCACACCACGUACCGAAUCGUGGAGGGCAACGAGCGGGGCAAGUUCCGCCUGGACAUCACCGUGAACCCCAGCGGCGAGGGGGCCUUCCUGCACCUGGUCUCCACCGGCGGGCUGGACCGGGAGCUCACGCCCUUCUAUCAGCUCCUCAUAGAGGUCGAGGACAAGGGUGAGCCCAAGAAGUUCGGCUACCUGCAGGUGAAUGUCACGGUCCAGGAUGUGAACGACAACCCUCCCGUGUUUGACGACGACCACUACAGCGCCGCCGUCCUCGAGGACGCGGCGAUCGGCUUCAGCGUUUUGCAGAUCGCCGCGAAGGAUCGGGACGAGGGGACCAACGCGGACAUCAGGUACUCCCUGGACGAGGGAACGCCUUUCCAAAUCGACCCGGAAUCGGGCACCGUUACCAUAAAGGAGCCUUUAGAUUUCGAGAGCAGAAGGGAGUAUUCACUGACCAUUCAUGCUACGGACAGCGGGGUGCCCCCCCUCUCAGGUAGGUCAGAAGCCACCAUUAAGCUUUUGGAUGUGAAUGACAAUGACCCUGUGGUGAAGUUCAGGUAUUUCCCCAUUAGCUCCAAAUACGCCUCCGUGGAUGAAAACGCUCCGAUCGGCACGGUCGUGGCCCUCUUGACCGUGUCAGAUUCGGACUCCCCCGCCGCCAACGGGAAUAUAUCCGUCUCAAUUCUGGGGGGGAACGAGCAAAGACAUUUUGAGGUUCGCUCAUCUCCGGUGCCGAAUUUGAGCCUCAUCAAAGUGGCCAGCGUGUUAGACCGAGAGCGCAUCUCCUCCUACAACUUGACCGUCUCCGUGUCUGACAACGGAAAGCCCGAGGCCCGGUCUUCAUUUGCCAGCCUGGUCAUUUUUGUGAACGAUAUCAAUGACCACCCCCCCAUAUUCCAGGAGGCUCUGUACAGGGUGGACAUCAGCGAGGACCUUCCCAAAGGCAGCUACAUUAAAGGGGUCUCGGCGACAGAUGGCGACUCCGGGCAGAACGCCAACUUGCGCUAUUCUCUGGUGUCUGGAAACAGUUUGGGCUGGUUCACCAUCAGCGAGAACAGCGGCCUGGUCACCAGCGCCGCCCUGCUGGACAGGGAGGUGGCGUCUCAAGUGGUGUUGAACAUCAGCGCCAAAGACCAAGGAGUGCAGCCGCGGGUCUCCUACACCACGCUGAUCGUGAACAUAACGGACGUCAAUGACCAGGUGCCCACCUUCACGCAGAGCUCGUACCACGUCUCCCUGGUGGAGCGCUCCGCGGCCGGCACCGAGCUCCUGGUCCUGUCGGCUACUGACGGCGACCUGGGAGCCAACGGGACUCUUCGUUUCUCCUUCGACCCCGAAACUCCGCCCACUGUUAAGGACACGUUCCGCCUCGAUGCGGUUUCUGGCAGGCUGAGCACAGCUGCGGAGCUGGACAGAGAGGUCCAGGGGACAUACCUCCUCCACGUCCGUGCGACGGACUCAGGUGAACCGCCGCUUUACUCUGUUGCCGAGGUGAACGUGACGCUCAAAGACAUCAACGACAAUCGACCCAUCUUCUACCCUGUGCAAUACUUUGCCAACAUCAAAGAAAACGAACCUCCUGGUUCGUACGUGACCACGGUGUCCGCCACGGACCCCGACUUGGGCCACAAUGGCACGGUGAAGUACAUCAUCACGGCAGGGGACACGUUUCGGUUCCACGUCAGCAGUAGCACGGGAAAGAUCACCACGCUGGUCUCACUGGACAGGGAGGAGAAGACAGCCUACCAGCUGCAGGUGACAGCAGUGGACGGCGGCAAUCUGCGGUCAGAAACGCACGCCAUCGUAACCAUCACGGUCAUAGACACGCAGGACAACCCACCCUCCUUCAGCCAGAGCAUCUACAGUUUUGUCAUGUUCGAAAACAUUGCUUUAAAUACAGUCAUUGGCGCUGUGUCUGCAUCCACGCUUGAUCUGAACACAAAUAUCACAUAUCUAAUAACCUCCGGGGACCAAAGGGGCCUUUUUACCAUUAACAGUGUCACGGGUCAGAUUACAGCCUCAGGUCUCAUAGACCGAGAGGAGCAAUCGUUGUACCAGCUCAAAGUCAUAGCGAGGGGUGGCGAGGUAACGGGCCAGGCCCUUGUGAACAUCACGGUUAAGGAUCUGAAUGACAACGCCCCCCGCUUUUUGCAUGCGGUUGAGCACAUCAGCGCGGUGGAGAGCUGGGGUGCAGGCCACCACAUUUUCCAGGCUAAGGCUAUGGACCCUGAUGAGGGCUCAAAUGGGAUGGUGUCCUACAGCCUCAGGCAGAACCCCAAGGGACUCUUCCACAUACAUGAGAAGCGAGGCCUCAUUACCUUGACGGGGCCCCUGGAGGUAACGACCAGCCCCUACCAGGUAGAGGUGGUGGCAUCCGACAUGGGGGUCCCCCAGCGCUCCUCCAGCCUGAUCGUGACGGUCAGCGUGUAUGACGUCAACGACAACGCCCCGGUGUUCGAUCAGCUGUCUUACGAGGUCACCAUUCUGGAGUCAGAACCUGUGAACAGCCGGUUCUUUAAAGUGGAGGCCACUGACAAAGACUCGGGUCCAAAUGGAGACAUCAUGUAUGACAUAGUCGGAGGGAACACGGGGGACGUUUUCGGCAUUUUUCCUGAUGGUCAGCUGUAUAUCAAAGACGAGUUAGACAGAGAGGUUCAGGAGAGGUAUGACCUGCUGGUGGUGGCGUCAGACAGAGCUGUGGAACCCCUGAGCGCUACAGUCAACGUCACGGUUAUCCUGGACGACGUGAACGACAACCGGCCCCUCUUUAACAGCACCAACUAUGUGUUCUACUUUGAGGAGGAGCAGAAAAGGGGCUCAUUGGUGGGGCGGGUCUUUGCUGAGGACAAAGAUUACGGGCCCAACAGUGAGGUCAGGUAUGCCUUUGAGAUGCCACAGCCAAACUUUGAGCUGAAUGCCAUCACGGGGGAGCUGACCAGCACGCUACAACUGGACCGCGAGUCGCUGAUGAGGCAGCGGGGUGCUGCUGUGUUUAGCUUCUCCGUCGUGUCCUCGGACCAGGGGCUGCCCAAGCCGCUGAACGACCAGGCCAAGGUGCAGGUUUACAUCGGGGACAUCAACGACAAUCCGCCCAAGUUCACCAAAGACGUUUAUCGCGCCUCCAUCUCCGAGUCGGCCCAAAACAUGACCCAGCUGUUGCGCGUGUCUGCGUCUGAUGUCGACGAGAACAACAAUGGACUCGUGCGCUAUCGCAUCAAAGAAGGGAACGAGGAGAAGCAAUUCGCUAUUGACAGCAGCUCUGGACAGAUCACACUGGUGGGCAAGCUUGACUAUGAGGCGACCUCCUCUUACUCACUCAAGAUCAUAGCAGUUGAUUCAGGGCUGGUGCCCCUUUCAUCAUCAUGCCUGCUAAGCAUCAGCGUCCUGGAUGAGAAUGACAACUCCCCGUCCUUCCCAAAGUCUGCCCUGAGCGUGGACGUUCUGGAGAACAUGAGGAUCGGAGAGCUGGUGGCCUCAGUGACGGCCACUGACUCGGACUCGGGGGACAACGCUGAGGUGACCUACAGCAUCUCCACCACAAAUAACCACGGCACGUUCAGCAUCAGCGCCAACACCGGGAGCAUUUUCCUCGUGAAGAAGCUGGAUUUUGAAACGCAGUCUAUCUACAAGCUCAACAUCACAGCCAAAGACAAUGGGAGACCCCCGAGGUCCUCGUCCAUUCCGGUCACGAUCCACGUCAGGGAUUUCAACGAUAACCCUCCAAGUUUUGAUCCCGGCGACAUCUUUAAGUCCAUCUCGGAAAACAUCCCGCUGGGUUCUUCGAUCAUGACUGUGACUGCGCACGACACGGACGCGGACAUAAACGGACAGCUAGAAUAUUCCAUCAUUCAGCAGACACCACGAGGAAACCACUUCGCCAUCGACUCCAUUGCUGGCGUGAUUUACACGAACAAGGAGAUUGACAGGGAGUUCUCCAAUCUCUUUGAGCUGACAGUGAAGGCCAUGGACCAGGCGGUCCCAGUGGAGUUCAGGCGCUUUGCUCUAAAAAAUGUCACAAUUUGGGUGACCGAUCAGAACGAUAACAUCCCAGUGUUUAUCUCCCAGAAUGCUCUCGUUGCCGAAUCCACAAUCGUCAUCGGUUCCAUCCUCACCACCGUGGUGGCCUUUGACCCUGACGAGGGGGCCAACGGGGAGGUGGAGUAUGAGCUGGUGAAGGGUGACUCUGACACGUUCAUCAUGGACCGCUACAGCGGGGACAUCCGGCUCGCCUCGCCGCUGGUGCCCUCGCGCCUCGUCUACAGCCUCACCGUGUCGGCCACCGACCACGGAACGGAGCGGAAGGCGUCCCAGUCAGAGCUGACCAUCAUCCUCCAGGGUGUAGACGGACCUGUCUUCUCCCAGACCAAAUACAUCACCAUCCUAAAGGAGGGCCAGCCUCCCGGGACCAACGUCAUCUCCCUGGAUGCCUCCAGCCCUCGCGGCUCCGGAACCAGGGUGGAAUAUUACAUUGUAUCGGUGCGGUGCGACGGCAAGUCCGUGGGGCGCCUCUUCACGAUCGGCCGGCAGACGGGAGUGAUCCAGACGGCCGCUGAGCUGGACCGCGAGCAGGGCUCCGACCUCUACCUGCUGGACGUGUAUGCCAUGGAGGCCGACUCGACUUUACCCCGCACCCAGCGAGCCGAGGUGGAAAUAACACUUCAGGACAUCAACGACAACCCACCAGUUUUUCCGAGCGACAUGCUUGAUGUGACCAUUGAGGAGAACGUUGGAGAUGGAUUCAAGAUAAUGCAACUAACAGCCACAGACGCAGACGAGGGACCCAAUGCUUUGGUGACCUACACCAUCAUCAGCGGCGCAGAUGACAGCUUCCGCAUCGACCCAGAGUCUGGAGACCUCAUUGCCACCAAACGCCUGGACAGAGAGCGAAGGUCCAAGUACUCGCUCCUGGUUCGUGCAGAUGAUGGCAAGCAGUCAUCAGACAUGCGAGUCAACAUCACGGUCAGCGAUGUCAAUGACCACACGCCCAAGUUCUCUCGGGCCGUGUAUUCGUUCGACCUUCCCGAGGACAUGGCACCAGGCUCCAUCGUAGCGGCCAUCCUGGCCCGAGACGGCGACUCGGGGACUAACGGUGAGAUCACAUACUCCCUGGAGGAGGAGGACGAUGACCGCGUGUUCCUGCUGAACCCAGUGACGGGUGUUUUCAAUGUAACGCGGCAACUGGAUUAUGAGGUGCAGCAGUUCUAUGUGUUGACGGCACGUGCUGAGGAUGGGGGCAACCAGGCAAGUUCUGUGAGGGUCUACUUCAAUGUGCUGGACGUCAAUGACAACCGGCCCAUCUUCAACAGCAGUGACUGGAGCACCUCUGUCAUGGAGAACAUCCCACCAGGUUCCAGCAUCAUCUCUUUGAAGGCUAGUGAUGCGGAUGAUGGUCCCAAUGCUCAGAUGGCCUAUAGUAUCACAUCAGGCGACUCUUUGGGCCAGUUCACGAUCAACAGUGAUGGAGUUCUGAAAACCAAGCAAACCUUGGACAGGGAAACCCAGUCUUUCUACAACCUCUUGGUUACGGUGAACGACCUGGCGCUUCCCCCCAUGACCCGCUUUACUAGCACGGCACAGGUCUCCAUCAUCCUGCUGGAUGUAAAUGACUGUGCGCCCAGUUUCACAUCUCAGAAGAUGACCUACAUCCAGGAGAACACACCUGUGGACACAGUGGUCUUCACUGCCCAGGCCACCGACUUGGACAGUGGCCCCAACAGCUAUGUGGAGUACUCAUUGCGUGGCCCUUUUGGGAAUAAGUUCAGCAUCGGCACAGUCGAUGGGAAUGUCCGUCUCGUCAGCGAACUGGACCGAGAGGAGCUGUCCAACUACACGCUCACCAUCGUGGCAACAGACAAGGGAGAGCCUGCCCUUUCGGCCAUCAUGGACGUCACCGUGAUUGUGCUGGAUGUCAAUGACAAUACGCCGAGCUUCUCCCAGAACAUAUACGACAUCGAGAUCGAGGAGAACACCCUGACUGGCACCGACGUCUUGCAGGUGUCUGCCACGGAUGCGGACGAGGGCACCAAUGGCCAGAUACGUUUCUCCAUCAGCGGCGGCAGUGCCAAUGGGGACUUCCGCAUCGACUCGGUGACCGGAAUGAUCUCUGUUGUCAAGCAUCUAGACCUGGAAAUCAAGUCCUCUUACUCUCUGGUGGUCCAGGCCACAGACCGUGGCAGCAACCAGAGGACGGAUCGGGCUACAGUCAACAUUGUGCUGCUGGACGUGAAUGAUUGUGCUCCGGUGUUCGAGCUGUCUCCCUACACUGUGUCUGUGAAGGAGAAUAUGAAGAGCCUCCCAAAGGUCAUACUGCAGGUGGUGGCCAGGGAUGAUGACCAGGGUGCCAACGGCCAACUGAGCUACGCCUUGAGUGGUGGGAAUGAGGGUGGGGUGUUCAGUCUCUCCUCCAGCGGUCAGCUUAGUGUCACCCAGAGUCUGGAUCGCGAGGCCCAGGAGAGCUACACGCUAGUUGUCACAGCGACUGAUUCAGGUUCCCCAUCACUCAGCGGUACCGGCACCAUCGUCAUCGAGGUAGAGGAUGUCAACGAUAACGCCCCGCUCUUCGCCGCCGCUUCCUUCCACACCGCGGUGCCGGAGGAUUCGCCCACUGGGACUGACGUCCUGCUGGUCAACGGCUCGGAUGCAGAUGCUGGCCUCAACGGCGUGAUCAGUUACAGCCUCACCGGGGGCGAUGGCCAGUUCUCCAUCAACCCUGCCACGGGGCAGAUUAUCACCAGUUCAUUCCUCGACCGGGAGGGUCGGAGCAGCUACCAGCUACUUGUGUUGGCUUCCGAUGGUGGGCAACCCGUGGGCCUGUCCAGUUCCGCCACAGUGUCAGUGGUGGUGACCGAUGUCAACGACAAUCCGCCCCGCUUCCACCACCAUCCCUAUGUCACCCACGUGCCAGCAUCCACCUCAGCUGGUUCUCUGGUCUUCGCGGUGACUGUGACUGAUGAGGAUACCGGCCAAAAUGCUCAGCUGCACUACUCCCUAAUGGGCAGAAACUCUGAGAAGUUCAAGAUCGACCCCGUAAGAGGGGCUAUAACAGCCAGCGAGAAACUGACAGGAAACUCAGAGGUGACCUUCACCGUUCGGGUCAAGGAUGGUGGGCCCACCCCCAGGACUGAUACCACGACUGUGACUGUCAGGUUCGUGACCGGUGCCGACUUCCCGGUCAUCAAGAUGGAACAGACAACUUUCACCUUCCCUGAAAGUCAAGCCACAAACACUCUUGUGACCAAGGUUUCUGGAUCCUCGCCCCGAGGGGGCUCACUGUCGUACUACAUUGCCAGCGGGAACCUUGACGGUGCAUUUCAUGUGGACCAGCAGACAGGAGAGCUUUCCAUCAGGAAGGACCUUGAUUUUGAAAACAUACAGAAGUAUGUUCUUUGGAUUGAAGCCAGGGACCAAGGAUUUCCUCCCUAUUCAUCCUACAAGAAAGUGGAAAUAACCAUACUGGACAUCAACGACAACCAUCCUGUUUUUGAACAAGAACCAUUCCGAGCUGACAUCUUAGAGAACCUCUCUCCUCAGAGGGUGCUUGUGGUUUCAGCUGUCGAUCAAGACAGCGGGCUAAACGGACAACUGGAGUACUCCAUCGUGGAUGGAAACAAGGAAAACAGCUUCAGUAUUAACCGGGCAACAGGAGAAAUUCGAACCACAAGGCCACUCGACAGAGAGAAAGUGGCACAAUAUGAGCUGAAGGUGCGAGCAACAGAUCGGGGAUCUCCGCCGAAAAGCACAGCUGUUAAAGUUCUGAUCGGCGUCCUAGACGUCAACGACAACGCUCCCAGGUUUUCCCAGAUAUUUAGCGCAACAGUUCCUGAAAAUGCCCCCACAGGUUACACUGUGGCACGUGUCACGACUUCAGAUGAAGACGCUGGCACCAAUGCCAUAAGCCGUUAUUCUAUAGCUGACACAAGCCUUCCCUUCACAGUUAACCCAGACACAGGAGACAUCAGCAUCAGCAGGCCUCUCAACAGAGAAGAUACUGACCGCUACAUCGUCAAAGUCUCUGCCCAUGACUCGGGCUGGACUGUCAGUACAGAUGUGACCAUAUUUGUGACAGAUGUAAAUGACAAUGCUCCGCGCUUCAGUCGCCCAUCCUACUACCUAGACUACCCGGAGAUGACCGAAAUCGGAUCUGUUGUGACUCGUGUGUCCGCAACUGACCCGGAUGAAGGCGUCAACGGCCAGAUAUUCUACUUCAUAAGAUCGCAGUCCGAAUUCUUCAGAAUCAACUCCAGCUCUGGGGAAAUAUUUAUCAAGCAGCAACUGAGGUAUCAGAACUCCAGCAGACACAGUAAUGCUAACAUCAACCGGCAGAGUUUUAUUGUCACCGCAUCAGACAGAGGAGCCCAUCCUCUGAUGAGUGAGACGACCGUCAUUGUGAACAUUGUAGACAGCAACGACAAUCCUCCUGAAUUUGAGUCUGCUACCUACUUCACCCCAGUCACUAAGAGUGUCAAAGUGGGCACCAGGCUUCUCAGGGUAGUGGCUGUGGAUAAGAAAGACUUUGGCCUGAACUCAGAAGUGGAAUACUCAGUAUCAGGUGGAAACAGCUCAGGCAAGUUUCGUCUGGAUAAACAGAGCGGGUGGCUCACCGUGGCCACUCCGCUAACCUCAGACAUAAAUCAAGUUUUCCAUGUUGAAAUCACAGCUAAAGACAAAGGGAGCCCCCCGCUCGCAUCCAAAACGACAGUGCGGGUCGCAGUGACAGAGGAGAACCACCACACACCAGAGUUCUCCCAGAGCCACGUUACGGCCACCGUGCAGGAGAGCCUCGGCGUUGGCACCACCAUAAGAACGCUGUCUGCCAGGGACAAGGACAGGGAAAUGAACGGCCUCAUCACAUACAACAUUACCUCAGGCAAUGGAGCUGGCCUCUUUGCCCUUAACAGCAAGACAGGGGCUCUGACCUUGGCCAAGUCACUGGACUAUGAGCAAAAGCAAAUUCAUGAGCUUAGAGUUACUGCCACAGAUGGAGGCUGGAUUGCGAAGACCGGUUACGUCACGGUCACAAUCCAUGUGACUGACGUGAACGACAACCCACCCGUGUUCGAUCCAGAUGAGUACUUCCCAACCGUACAGGAGAACGUCCCCAGCGGCACAGUUGUAGUACGCUUGAAUGCCACUGACAAGGAUUCAGGGUCAAAUGCAGUCAUUGCGUAUGCGAUCCAGUCUUCUGAUAGCGACUUGUUUGUCAUCGAUCCUAACACAGGCACUAUCACCACGCAGGGCUUCCUGGAUUACGAGGCAAAGCAGACCUACCACCUUACAGUGAAGGCCUUCAAUGUCCCAGAUGAGGAGCGCUGCAGUUUCGCCAAUGUCAACGUCCAGCUGAAAGGAGCCAAUGAGUAUGUGCCCCGCUUUGUCUCCAAGCAGUACUACUUUGAGGUCUCUGAAGCUGCCCCCAAAGGCACGGUGGUUGGCGAGGUCUUUGCAAGUGACCGUGAUCUUGGGCCAGAUGGAGAAGUACAUUACCUGAUUUUUGGAAGGAGCAGGAAGAAAGGAUUCAGCAUCAACAAGAAGACAGGGCAAGUUUACGUGACGGGUCCCCUUGAUCGCGAAAAAGAAGAAAAGAUCUCUCUCAGGGUUCUUGCAAAGAAUGCUGGGAGCAUUAGAGGGUCAGACAUCGAUGAAGUUUUUGUUAACAUCACCAUUCUGGAUGCCAACGAUCCACCCGUCUUCUCCACGGAGCUGUAUGACGUGCAGAUCAGCGAGGGCCUUUCCCCAGGAAGCCUGGUUACCUUUGUCAGUGCGGAAGACUCAGACUCCGUCCCCAGCUGGAGCAGGUUCUCCUAUUCCAUAGCUCCCAAUAAUGAGAAAAAUGCUUUCACAAUUAAUCCUCAGACGGGUCAAGUUUCAGUAGCUGCCGAGCUUGACAGGGAGUCCACACCUGUUUACAAUCUGACCCUGCUGGCAAUAGACACUGGAUCACCCUCUGCUACAGGGAGUGCUGUUCUGCUUGUGACUUUGGAGGAUAUUAAUGACAACGGCCCCACCCUGGUCACCACAAAGGGGGAUGUGAUGGAGAACCAGCAUGCGGGGACACCCGUCAUGACCCUGAGCUCCACCGACCCAGAUCUUCCCCCCAACCAAGGCCCCUUCACAUACAGCCUGCUCGGUGGGAGCUCUUCCACCAGCUACUUCAGCCUAAGCGCUGCAGGUGUGUUGACCACCAGCAGGGAGAUCGACAGAGAGCAGAUCAGCGACUUUUACCUCUCAGUGCUGAUCCGGGACUCAGGAGUUCCCCAGAUGUCCUCGACGGGAACAGUUCACGUUCAGAUCGGUGACCAAAAUGACAACCCCUCAGAGCCACGAACAGUAGAGAUCUUUGUGCAUUACUUUGGGAACCUCUUCCCUGGUGGUUCUCUGGGCAGCGUGAGACCACAGGAUCCGGACGUGCAGGACACUUUCCGCUGCUCCCUCACCUCAACUGUACCCAGCCUCUUCAGUAUCAUGCCAGGUACCUGUGACCUUCAUUCACACGCUCGCUCUACGGACGGCACAUUUGACUUCACUGUGCGCAGCAACGACGGGCUCCACAGUGCAGUUGACAGCAAGGUACGUGUCUUCUUCAUGGGCUUUAGCAAUUCCACUGUGGACAACAGCAUCUUGAUUCGCCUUCAUGUCCAAGAGGUGAGGGACUUCCUCAACAACCAUUACCUGAGCUUCCUGGGCAUCGCAAAUGCACAGCUGGCUGGCCUGGGCACUGCUGUGCAGGUGUAUGGAGCUUUCGAGCAGAACAACCAGACCUUCCUGAUGGCUGCAAUCAAACGGGGCCACGGACAAUAUGUCAACCCCAGUGGAGUUGCCACCUUCUUUCAGAGCAUCAAGGACAUCCUCCAGCGACAGAGUGGAGUACGGAUCGAUGCAGUAGACUAUGACUCCUGCACCCACAACCCUUGUCAAAAUGGGGGCAGCUGUAAGAGGCGACUGGCGGUGGGGCAAGAAAUGAAAAUGGAGGAGAGCAUGCCCGUUAUCCUGGUUUCCAACCAGCCCCUACAGCCCUAUGCCUGCAGCUGCCUGCCAGGCUAUGCUGGGCCACUCUGCGAAGCUGACAUUGACGAGUGUCUGCCAGACCCGUGCCACAAUGGGGGGACCUGCCACAACCUGAUAGGGGGCUUCUCCUGCACCUGCCCUGAGGGCUUCACUGGGAUGGCCUGUGAGCGGGAUAUCAACGAGUGUCUGUCCAAUCCCUGCAAGAACGGGGCACUCUGCCAGAACUUCCCCGGGGGCUUCAACUGUCUUUGCAAAUCCGGAUUCACAGGGAAGUCGUGCGAGUCUGCCAUCGAUUACUGUGAGUGUAAUCCAUGUUUUAAUGGCGGAUCCUGUCAGAGCAGAAUGGAUGGAUAUAGUUGUCAUUGCCCAUUCGGCGUCUUUGGUAAACACUGUGAACUCAAUAGCUAUGGCUUUGAGGAUCUGUCGUACAUGGAGUUUCCGAGCCUGGACCCUAACAACAACUAUAUCUAUAUCAAGUUUGCCACUGUCAAAAAGGAUGCACUCCUCAUGUAUAACUAUGACAACCAGACCGGGGAAAAAGGAGAGUUCCUGGCUCUGGAGAUUGCCGAUGGCCAAAUGCGAUUCUCUUUUAACUUGGGAAGCGGGACCUAUAAACUCACGACCACAAAAAAAGUUUCAGAUGGAGAGUUUCAUACAGUCAUAGCAAGAAGAGCUGGAAUGGCUGCGUCGCUGACUGUGGACUUGUGCGACGAGGGCCAGGAACCGGGUUACUGCGCUGUGAGCAAUGUUGCUGUCCAUGCAGACUGGAUCCUGGACGUGCAGCCCAACCGCCUUUCUGUGGGGGGUGUCCGGUCCUUUGAGGACAUCCUUCAGCGCCCAGGCCAAGUCAGCACCCACGACUUUGUCGGCUGCAUUAUGGAGUUCGCUGUCAACGGCCGUCCGCUGGAGCCCGGCCAGGCCUUGGCUUCCCAGGGCAUCCUGGACAGAUGUCCCCGACUGGAAGGUGCCUGCACUGCCAACCCCUGCCGGCAUGGUGCUACUUGUGUUGACCGCUGGUCCUGGCAGCAGUGUAGAUGCACGGAGGGAUUCACCGGGAAGUACUGUGAAAAAUACAUGACCGCAGACACGGCGCUGUCCCUGGACGGAAACGGACGCCUGGAUUACACUAUGAGCCGGAGCCGUAGGCGUGACCUCCUGCUUGCCAGGAGUCUGCAGGGACAUUCUCAAGACCCGCCGGGCCGGAGCAGCCUGGAGGUCCGCUUCCGCACCCGCAGCAAGAGCGGGACCCUGCUGCACAUCCAGGAGAGCAGCAACUACACCACGGUGAAGCUCAAGAAUGGGAACCUCCACUAUGUUUCGGAUGCCGGCAUCGGCGGGAAGGUGGAGAGGACCCUCACGGAGGUUUCCUUCGCAGACGGACAGUGGCACACCCUCCUGCUUCAGCGAAACAGGACGACCACCUCCCUCCUUGCUGACGGCACCCACUUAAAGGAAAUUCUACAUCGCACCCAGGACUUUGGUGGGGUCAACGUCCUGACCCUCUCGCUUGGGGAAAUACCCUUGGGACCGACCCAACAGAAAUCCACUUCAGGUUUUGACGGCUGUAUCGCCUACGUGAAGUACAACGGAGAGAGCCUGCCCUUCAGUGGAGAGCACAGCGCCGUCACUAUCUCCAAGACCCACCCGUCCAUCAAGGUGGGCUGCCGAGGUCCAGAUGUGUGCGCCAGCAGCCCCUGCUGGGACGGCCUCUUGUGCGUCAACCAGUGGUACGACUACCAGUGCGUGCCCCCAGGUGACUGCUCAUCCAGUCCCUGUCGGAACGGGGGCAGCUGUGAACCACACCCCCGCUCGGGGUUCACCUGUGCCUGCACAGAGUUCUACACUGGAAAGACCUGUGAAACACUGGUUGCCUGCUUGGGUACUCAUUGCCCCCCAGGCACCGUGUGCAAGAUGGCCAGCAAUGGAGGCUCCGUGUGCAGCCCCGCUCCAACAGAGGGGCCGACGCUGCCCAUCUGGGCCGUGCCAGCCAUUGUGGGUAGCUGUGCGACAGUGUUGGCCCUGGUCGUGCUUAGUCUUAUCCUGUGCAACCACUGCAAGGGCCGCCGCACUAGUGUUCCCAAGGAGGAGAAGAAGCCAAAGGAGAAGAAGAAGAAGAAGAAGGGUAGCGAGAACGUGGCCUUUGAUGACCCCGAUAAUAUCCCGCCAUAUGGGGACGACAUGACGGUGCGGAAGCAGCCCGAGGGGAACCCCAAGCCUGACAUCAUCGAGAGAGAAAACCCCUACCUGAUCUACGACGAGACUGAUCUUCCUCAUGGCAAUGAAACUAUCCCAAGUGCGCCAUGUGCUCCCUGCGUAGGUCCUGAUGCUGACAUCGAGCACUAUGACAUUGACAACGCCAGCAGCAUUGCUCCCUCUGAUGCAGACAUUGUUCAGCACUACAAGCAGUUCCGCAGCCACACGCCUAAGUUCUCCAUCCAGAGGCACAGCCCACUAGGCUUCGCUCGUCAGUCUCCAUUGCCCCUGGGAGCCAGCAGCUACACCUACCAGCCUGCCUACACCCAAGGACUGCGCUCAACCCCACUGAGUCAUUCCACUUGCCCUACGCCAAACCCUCUGUCCCGGCACAGCCCGGCCCCCUUCACCAAGCCGUCAUCCUUCUACCGCAGUAGUCCGGCGCGGGAGCUAGGCCUGGCUCGUAGAGAGGGCAGUCCGCUGGACCUGCAUAACGAGGCAUGUCAGCCGGCCAUGUUCAACUAUGCCACCCGCCUGGGCAGGAGGAGCAAGAGUCCCCAGACUAUGGCGGGCCACGGCUCAAGGCCAGGCAGCCGUCUCAAGCAGCCCAUCGAGCAGAUCCCCUUGGAGACGGGGCCCCCUGUGGGGCUUUCGAUCGAGGAGGUGGAGCGUCUAAACACACCGCGACCUCGCAACCCGAGUAUCUGCAGCGCUGACCACGGUCGCUCUUCCUCUGAGGAGGACUGCCGCCGACCCCUGUCGCGGGUAAGGAACCCUGCCGAUGGGAUCCCUGCUCCGGAGUCUUCCUCCGAGAGUGACUCGCAUGACUCAUUUACAUGCUCUGAGAUGGAGUAUGACCGGGAGAAACCAGCCGCCUAUGGCUCCCGUGUGCCCAAGUUGUCCCAAGUCAACGAGUCGGACGCUGAUGACGAGGAGUACGGCGGCCGGCUCAAGCAACGUCGUUACUCCAGCCGGCGGGCCGAGGGGGGGCCCAGCAGCCCCCAGGUUCCCCUAACUGACCACCACACCCUACCCCAUAAACUGGGUCAGCCGGCUGGAAGCUUCAACUGGGACAACUUGUUGAACUGGGGUCCUGGCUUUGGCCAUUAUGUUGAUGUCUUCAAGGACCUGGCUAUGCUUCCUGAAAAAGCAGCUGCAAAAGACAUUGAAAUGAACAGCGGGGACGGAUCCGUAACCAUUUUAAACGAAGGGGAGGCAGAGCAAUAUGUAUAGGACUUUAUUUAUAUAAACUCUUUAUUUUGUACUGUUUUAUCAAAACGUAAAAUUUAAAUACUGAGCAAGGGCCCUCGAAUAAAUAAUUUUAUCUUUUGUUGUUCAGAUCUGACGAACUUAAAUGCAGUAAGGCAGACGUGACAUCUGAACUUGUUACCUGCUGAGCUCUUUGAGACAGUCGGCAUGGCACAAUCGCUCUUGAUGAAUGCAAUCUGUUGGACACCUUCACAUGCUGUAUUGACCAAUGUUAAAUGAUUUGGAAAAAUAUACAAGCGCAGCCUUGUUAGUUUAGGAGUAAGGAAUUUUAACAGUUACUGUCAAAAUUUCACUUUUAUAUUUUUAACGGUAACAAUGACAAAAAUGUAAUUUGCAUAGGAAGAACCGGUGAAACCACAGAUAAGAGUUACGAGCGACAUUUUGCAUGGGUCACCGAGGCAGUUUCUUGUCAUGCGGUCUUUCCAGAGGAUCCAGGUGGUUUUGAUUAGUCUCUCCCGAAGCGUUGCGUUCAGUGCACGUGGCAGAAAGCAACCACGCUAAUCGGGCCCUGACAUUCUUGCAAAGCAACAAGGCUACCCACCUUUUGCUCACAGUAUGUUACCACUCAGAGGAACGGUGGGCAUUUUAAAAGCUCAGAUUAACGAAUCACUGCCUUACAGACAUUUGAGGAUUUGCUUGAAAAUGAGAGAAAUAUUCUCCUCAGCUUGUUUUUUCUUUCAUUAUUCCUUUGGAGUUGAGUAUUUGGCAAAUGUCGUCGCCCCUGUCUGUUGGCUGGUGUUUCUUGUCAACCGGCGAAAGGCAAAUCUGGACUGUGCCUAGAGGAUUCUGGACAAGUUCCCUGAUCCGCAGAGACGAUGAAGUCAUGUACAGUUUCACUUAAAUGAAAGUCUUGAAGGAACUUGUUCUCUGUGUUUUGUUUUCAGUUUUCAAGAAAAAAAGUGUACGGUUUAUACAUUUGUACUGUUUAAUAACUUAAAUGACUUAAGCUGUGUUUUUAUGGAUAUUUUCAUAUGCUGAAAAUAAUGUUCUUACUUUCAGGGAAAGUAAGAUGAAUUACUUAUUUU